GUCAGUGGUUCUGUAACGCCUGUCGCGGUAUUUAUAUCACAGCUUUUGAAGUCCCAAGAGCAGUCGAGGAAAUACUGGAAUACAUCAUGUGGUUUCCCAACGGCAAUUACCUUAUGUUCGAUAACAAGAUGCACAGAGCACCGACGCCUAAAAAGAGAAUGUACUCACCCAGCAAACAAAAGCAUCGAGCCACGAAAUACGAAAAAACGAAAUGCCCGAUUCCGACCAGACGCAAAACGGAGUCGAUCCUCCACCAACAGUUGCUGGAAAUCAUCUCUGACUACAAGUACCUAGACAUGAAAAACUCGGCUAGGUUCAAAGACUACACCCAGAUACAGAAUGCAGUACCACACCGCAGGCACGUCAACGAAAACGUGGAAUUCCUUUUGGGUCGCAAAUCGUACGGACUUGGCUGGCGUGGCGUUAAGCUUUGGAUGGCUGAGGAGGUCUUGGCGAGCUGUCCUGUGGAACCUCGCGAUGCCUUCAGGAGGAGAGUUACGGAGUCAGCUUCCUUCGCAGAGGCAGAGGGACUUCAGGGCAGUAAGGUUGCCGAGUGUCCUCUGCUGAAGGUGUGCAAACCAUGUACUGUGGUGUUGCAUCGUCUCAACUGCAGUUCCUUCGCGUAGAAAUUGCUGAAGGUAUCAUGCUGAUUCCCUGAGGUUAGUUAACUCUGUAACCUUCAUCUAUUUUAUAUUACUGUUUGGCCUCCAAAUUUAAUAUUUUUUGUUAUUUGUUUAUAUUUACAUUCUUGCUGAUGGAGACUGUGUAUAGGUCUAUUGUGAUUAAUU